AUGACACUGCAAGCCAUCAUCGCGCAGGGAAAUUUCCCGAGUCUUUCAGAUACCGAAGCGGUUAAUCUGUUUGGGUCAGCCUUUCGGUCAGAACUCGAGCGUUUGAGAAACGCAGAACCAACAGUGGAAUCAGGGACUGAAAAGCCUGCUGGGAGUCUGAAGAAUGGAGAAACGCCGUCGCGGCGGCUUUUCCAGACAGACUAUGCAGAGGUAAAUCGAACACUUGUGAAUAUAUUAGCGCUGAAGUGGAUUUUGGCGGAGGAUUAUGCCUCGUUCACCGCAUGUCAGCGCGAUCCGGGGAAGCUCAGCGAGGACUCGUUCCGGCGUUUGUGCGAGUUUUUCAAAAGCUAUAAGGAUAUAUAUACGCUGCUGGUUGCGGUUGUGACGGAUGAUUUGGGGAAGGAUCCACAACUUGCCAAUGAAUUGGAAAAGACAAGAAACGGCCCUACCACGACUGUCAAGAUGGUAAAUCACUCAGAAUUUCUCUACGAAGCAGCCAAAGCGGGGAUGAUUCCCGCUUUAGAGAGUGUUCCGGUAUCUGGGCGGGAAACUAUCCUCCGCAGUAUGGAGAUCGAAGUAUACCUCAACAUAUCCCAACUGGUACAAGGAGAGAAUGUGCCAGCUAGUUUAUCAAUUCUCCGCAAUAUUCAAGAUGGCAAGAAUGGGUUUCAUAUGAGAGCUAUGGUGACAAUACUAGAUGUUGCAGGCGCUGCUGCCCACAGCAAUGCCCGAGGGUGUCUGGUGAUGACGGAAAGUGUCUACCAAGGAUACAUGACAGCCAUAGAGGCUCUGGAGAAACUCGUUUUAAGAGAGAUACCAAGCGAGCGUGCAUGUUACGACCAGGUCCUUUCCAAGCGGGCCAGAAAUCUGCAUCUGAAGGGAUACGACCUUUUAUCGACGAACAAUGCAGAGGAACGGGCGCUUCUUCGAAUUUUCUGCAUGGGCCGUGUGGACAACAAACAAUCAGCAAAUCUUUUCAAUAAAGCUUUUGCAAAGCUAUCGACAACUGAGAACAGCAGUCUAGUCAAUGCAUUAAACGUGGACGGCCUAGAGGAUGGCAUUGCGAUUUUGCCGUAUUAUGCGCCUGGGUUGAUAGCUGAAGUCCUUCGGGGAGCUCAAAAGAAAGAAGAACCCGCUAUCAUCGAAGCAUUGUCAGCUUUCAUGAGGUUUUUGGCAAGAGUUAUGGAAUACGAGUCGGAGACAGGUGACCCUAGGGUUAUUGAAAGAGACCUGUCGUUUGUUCAGGAUGUCAUAAAGAGCAACGGCUUCAAAAAUGACCCGUAUGUCCUCGACAAUGUCCAGCUCCCGUGGAGCCAGUAA